AUUGAAGUUUAUAAACUGUGAUACCACAUAUUUUCCGCGAGGUGUGCCACGAUCGCCACAAAAUUUGACGGCUGCGCUUCGUAUUUUUGUUUAUACGGGAAACGCGUUUCCGGUUGUUUUCCAACGAUUUUUCCUCGAAUUUUCAGUACUCUGGCCAUAAUGUCGCGAAAACCACUACCAAAACGUGUCAAGGAUCUACCGCCAAUUGAUCUGGAGUCGGAUAAUUCGGUGGAAAACGAGGAAAAGAGCAUCACAGCAAUUCUGCAGACCAUCGUGGAGCAAAAAGGUGUUAAUAGAUCAAAUGCAGUGCUGCCCACGGGGUUGAUGCCAAAGGAGAAUGCAGAAUUGUCGGAGUUGACACCUAUCUCAGAAGAGACUCUUGGGAAGAAGGAUCCAGAGAAUGGUGGCGAGGACACACUUCCCUGCACUGCCACGAUUGCCACGCCCAAGACGAAAGAUUGCCGGGAGAGACAGGAGAAAGUUAUCUUGAGCGUGGAUUACAAAAAGCACCUGAAGGAGAAUAAUCGCAAUCUUGCCAAUCUGAGCAUUAAGGAUAGACAGAAAUCUUCAUCGGAAUCCUGUACUAGCACAGCACUGGAAACUAACAAUAGUGUACAUGAUGAGAAGCCGCGACACAGAGUUGUGCAGAUCAAUGGAAAGGACUACAAUGUGGUGCGGAAAUUGGGUCACGGGGGCUCCAGUGUGGUCUAUUUGGCGCACAUGGUGGGCAGUAGCCUGGAAUGUGCCCUGAAAGUGAUCAGACUCAAUGGCGAUGCCAAUGCAUUGAGUGACAACAUACAUGAAAUUGAGUUGCUGAAGAGAUUGCAAGGAAAAUCUAUCGUGACACUUUUUGAUCAUUACUACUCACAACAUGACUCCAUUCUGUACAUUGUAAUGGAGAGGGGUGAACGAGAUCUCAGUGCAAUUCUCAAGGAGUUCCCAAAGAGUCUUCCUGUGUACACGAUCAUGGAUUUCUGGCAUCAGAUGCUCAAGUGUGUUCAGUACAUUCAUGCGUGUAACGUGAUUCACUGUGAUAUAAAGCCGGGCAACUUUCUCAUCGUCAACGGAAGACUGAAGCUCAUCGAUUUCGGCAUUGCCAGCAACAUCUCUUCGGACUCCACGAGCAUAAUUAAGCACACACAAGCCGGCACUUACAAUUACAUCAGUCCCGAAGCCCUCAUUGAUAUAUCAACGGAUGAGGACACACAAUCAGUCGGAGUGCCCAAAAUUAAGAUAUCUCCAAAGACGGAUGUGUGGUCUCUGGGGUGCAUUUUCUUCCAGUUCAUCUACAAAGUCACACCGUUUGGAAACAUUAAGAAUAUGCACAGCAAAAUUAUUGCCAUCUGCAAUCCAGACACUGUCAUCGAUUAUCCGCCUCUUCCUUCAAUAUACCCAGCUAUGUUUCUCGAAAUUGCCCAGCAGUGCCUGAGACACAAUCCAAGGGAGAGAAUUUCAAUUAAAGAUCUUCUCGGCUACCCAUUCGAGAUGUUCAUACCUCCGCAGUAAUUAUUUAAUGAUUGAACUAAAUAUAAAUGUAUUAAGUUAUGAAAAUAGCUCUAGAUAGAUAUGAAAUAUACCGU